AUGUCCAGUCAAUGGAAAGAGGAUAUCGAACGUCAGGAUCAUGGCAUCCAGUAUCUACACAAUACUGCGGUCAGCAACAUCUCGUGGAACGAUGUCAGCGUGUUUGUGCGAGACCGCCAGCAGAAGAAGCCCAAGGCUAUACUCAGCAAUGUGAGCGGCCAUGUCGAAGCAGGAGAGAUAAUGGCCAUAAUGGGACCGUCUGGGAGCGGCAAGACAACCCUCCUCGAUGCGCUUGCUCGUCGCAGCGCCGAUAAAACCCAAGUCUCGUCGACUGUCCUCAUAAACGGACAACAGCCAUCGACAGCAGACAUCCGCCGCCUAUCAUCCUACGUGGAGUGCGACGAUGCGCUGAUCGGAUCUCUGACAGUCAAAGAGACUCUACAGUUUGCAGCUCGCCUCUCACUCGCCCAUGUGCAGACAGCCGGCGAGCGCGAGCGACGCGUAGACGAGCUGCUCCAUGCGUUCGGUUUAACGGACCACGCCAACACGAUCGUGGGCACGCUCCUGAAAAAAGGCAUAUCCACCGGGCAGAAGCGUCGUCUCAGCGUCGCCGCACAGCUGAUCUCGGCGCCAAAGAUCCUCUUUCUCGACGAGCCCACCUCUGGCCUCGAUUCCCACGCCAGCUUCAGCGUCAUGUCGUUUGUCCGAGACGUGGCCAAAGCCAACAACCUCAUCGUCCUCGCCUCCAUCCACCAGCCCUCGACAAUGACAUUCGGCCUCUUCGACAAGCUGUUGCUGUUGUCGGCAGGCAAGACGUGCUACUGCGGUGACAUUGCCACCAUCCAGCCGUACUUCGACCGCAUCGGCUUCGCCAUGCCCCCAUCCACCAACCCCGCCGACUUCCUGCUCUGCCUCACCAACAUCGACUUCGAGCGAGACUCAGCCGCCGCCGAGCAGCGACUCCACCACAUCCACAACAGCUGGACGCUCGCCCACAGCACAUCCCAAACACGCCCGUCACAGACUUUCCAUCUCCCGGACCCUCCCAGCGAGCACCGACCUCCCUCCCUCCCCCGCACAACCCUCGUCCUCAUCCACCGCGCCUGGCUCAAAAGCCGCCGCGACAUGCUCGUCUACGGGCUCCGGCUGGGCAUGUACCUCGGCCUCGCCAUCCUGAUGGGCACAGUCUGGCUGCGCCUGCCGCCCACACAAGCCAGCCUGCAGCCGUACGCCAACUGCAUCCUCUUCGGGUCGGCCUUCAUGUCCUUCAUGGCGGUGGUGUACGUGCCGGCGUUCAUCGAAGACCGCGCCGUGUACGUGAAAGACCGCGCGAACGGGCUGUACGGCAGCACCGCGUUCGUAGUCUCCAACUUCCUCGUCGGCCUGCCGUACCUGUUCCUCAUCUCGCUCUCCGCGUCGUCCUUCAUCUACUGGAUGGUGAACCUGCGCCCCGCGGCGUCGGCCUUCUUCACCUGGGUGCUGUGGACGUACCUCAACCUGGUCGCGGCCGAGAGCCUGGUCGUGCUGAUGGCGGCGCUGGUGCCGGAUUUUGUGGGGGCGCUGGCGCUGACGGCCAUGGCGAACGGCGUGUGGAUGGCGUGCAACGGGUUCAUGGUGCCGGUGCCGCAGCUGAAUCCGUUCUAUCGGUAUGUGUUUUACUAUAUCAAUUACCAGGCGUAUGUGUUUCGCGGGCUGGUGAGCAAUGAGUUCGGGUACAGGGAUUAUGCGUGUGGGCGCGGGUGUUUCUGUCAGUUUGAUACGCCGCUGAAGGAGCGGUGCUUGAUUGCCGGCAGUGGCGUGCUGGAGAUGUAUGGGUUUGAGACGGGGGUGUUGGCGAAGCAUGUUGGCAUCACGCUGGGGAUUGUGGCGGUUAUGAGGGUGUUUGGAUGGGCUGCGUUGAAGUGGAGGUGA